AUGUCUAGGAAAAAUUAUAAAAAUCUUAGAGUUUCAGUUUUAGAAACUGGGCCUGGAGCUCCUUCUGUUGUUAGCUUUAGAGGGCCUAAAUAUGUUAUAAAUAUAACUUCAAUUCCAAGAGACAAGUUAGAUACAACUUUUCUUGUAGAAGCCUUUCAAGAUGCAUUUUAUAA